AUGUCGACAAUUGCUUUUUCAUUUUUUCAAUUCCUUCGCGCUUUUCUUCUGCUGCUGUAUCUGCUUCCAGGUUUCGCUCACUGUCACGUUCCCUCCACCCUCGAAGGCCCCUUUCAUCCCGUCACCGUUCCGUUCGACCGUGCCUUGCGCGGAAACGCCAUAGACUUGCCGCCCUCCGAUCCCCGCGUUCGCCGCCGCGCCCGGGGUUUUGAGCCCGAACAGAUCUCACUGUCUCUAUCUUCCACCCAUGACUCUGUUUGGAUCUCGUGGAUUACAGGGGAGUUUCAAAUUGGUUUCGACGUCAAGCCUUUAGACCCUAACACUGUCUCAAGUGUUGUUCAAUAUGGAUCUUCACGAUUUGAUUUAGUUCGUGAAGCUAGAGGUCAAUCUCUCAUCUACAACCAGCUCUAUCCUUUCGAUGGCCUUCGGAAUUACACUUCUGGAAUCAUCCAUCAUGUUCGACUAACAGGAUUGGAACCAAGCACAUUGUACUAUUAUCGAUGUGGAGAUCCCUCUUUACAAGCCAUAAGUGAUGUAUACUAUUUCAGGACCAUGCCAAUUUCUGGUCCACAGAGUUACCCAGGCAAAGUAGCUAUAGUAGGAGAUCUUGGUCUCACUUAUAAUACCACUACUACCAUAGGUCACCUGACUAAUAAUGAACCUGAUCUUCUUCUAUUGAUUGGUGAUGUAACCUACGCGAAUCAGUAUCUCACAAAUGGAACUGGCUCUGACUGUUAUACAUGCUCGUUUCCACAAAGUCCUAUACAUGAAACUUUCCAGCCUCGAUGGGACUAUUGGGGAAGGUUUAUGCAGAAUCUAGUUUCUAAAGUUCCAAUAAUGGUGGUAGAAGGUAAUCAUGAAAUAGAAGAACAGGCUGAUUGCAGGACAUUUGUAUCCUACAGUUCUAGGUUUGCAUUCCCCUCUGAAGAAAGUGGAUCUUCAUCCACAUUGUACUAUUCUUUCAAUGCUGGGGGCAUUCAUUUUAUCAUGCUUGGGGCUUAUAUUAAUUAUGAUAAAACAGCUGAACAAUACAAGUGGCUGGAGAGAGAUUUGGCAAGUGUUGAUAGAUCAAUAACUCCCUGGCUUAUAGCAACUUGGCAUCCACCGUGGUAUAGUUCAUACGAAGCCCAUUACAGAGAAGCAGAGUGCAUGAGGGUGGAGAUGGAAGACUUGCUAUACUCGUACGGCGUGGAUAUAGUAUUUAAUGGACAUGUUCAUGCUUAUGAGAGGUCCAAUCGGGUAUACAAUUACAGUUUAGAUCCAUGUGGUCCUGUCCAUAUUGCAGUUGGGGAUGGGGGUAAUAGAGAGAAGAUGGCAAUCAACUUUGCAGACGAGCCUGGUCAUUGUCCUGAUCCACUAAGUACUCCUGAUCCUUAUAUGGGUGGCUUUUGUGCAACAAGUUUUACGUUUGGUCCAGAGAGUAAGUUUUGUUGGGAUCACCAGCCAGAUUACAGUGCUUUCAGGGAAACUAGCUUUGGCUAUGGGAUUCUAGAGGUGAAAAAUGAAACGUGGGCUUUGUGGAGUUGGUAUCGUAAUCAGGACUCCUACAAGGAAGUAGGGGAUCAAAUUUACAUAGUGAGACAACCUGAUUUAUGUCCUGUCCCUCAGAGGGUGUGCAGAGAUUAUAUUGCUUCGUUUUAA